AUGUUUAUCUUAUCAGAUGUUUAUCGUAUGUUGAUCGGUAUUGGCGAUCGAGUUUUGUCGACGUCAAUGAAAAAAGUCGUUAAAUGGGAUCACCCAGCUGGUCCAAAAUAUGUGCAUUUUUGGUCGCCCGUUAUGAAAAGCUCCUUAGUUAUGGCUGGUAUUGGAGAUUUAAUGCGUCCAGCUGAAAAGCUUUCAUUAAAUCAAUCAAUUUCACUUGCUGCUACAGGAUUAAUCUGGUCUCGAUAUUGUAUGGUCAUAAUACCGAAAAAUUAUUUUCUUGGUCUGGUCAAUUUUGCUCUUGGUUUAACCGGUCUUCAACAAUUGAUACGUAUUGCACACUAUCAUCAUACACAUCCAAAGGAAUUAACAAAAAACUAA